AAGACAAACACACCACUCUAAACACAACACACAAACCUUAACCUUUGGACUGUGUUGAGUUUAGUUGAGUGAUCAAACAAACACACCUUCUAGAGUUUCCUCACAGAGAAACGACAGUUUUCGGAACAUAAAGACAGAAACAACCGAACCAAGACUCUCACCAAUUCCACACUCCACUAACCACUGAACGACAACAAAACAAUAAAGACAACAGAACCCCUUCACGUAUUGUCUUCUUUUCUCUUCUCUUCCCAUGAACCACUCCUUCAAUCUGCUGCUGCUUCUGUUAAACCUUCUUCAAUUUCACUCUCACACCAAACACGCCACAAACUCAUUCACUGCUAUUCUGCUUUUUCGGAAUGUUCACACCACCAAGCUUCGCCAUUUUCAGGGGGCUUCUUUUCCUUUCUUCUUCGAUUGCAAAACCCAUCAGCGGUUUCGUUUUUCCAUGUUCGAUUCUCAAAAUGUGGUUUUUGUAGGAUUAUCUCGUUUUCUCACCACCGUUUCCUUACUUUGCUCCGAAAAUAUUUCCUGAAUUUAGUCGGAAAAGCUCCUUUAAUUCACUUCUGGCGAUUUUUUCGCUUGCAUUGUAAAGUAUAUACUCAGGUUUUUGUUCAUACUUGGGGAAGGUUUGAUCAAACCUGUGUGCCUCUUGAUAACUAUUACCAUUUUACCACCUUUUCGAGGUCUAUAUAAGAUUGUUGUGGUUGGUUUCAUGGAAUCAGUGUUUCAAGAAGAAGGGUCAUCUUCUGUAACUUCUUCCCCCCUUCAGUUCUUUUCCAUGAUGUCUCUUUCACCUGGCAUAGGAUCUCCCUAUCCUUGGCUUAGAGAACUGAAAUCUGAGGAAAGGGGUUUGUAUUUGAUCCAUUUGUUGAUCGGUUGUGCCAAUCAGGUGGCUAAUGGUAGUCUUGAAAAUGCAAACAUGUUGCUUGAACAGAUUUCCCAGCUUGCUUCCCCUGAUGGAGAUACUAUACAGCGAGUUGCUGCAUAUUUCACCCAAGCACUCGCUGAUCGGAUACUGAAAACAUGGCCUGGUCUCCAUAGGGCACUCAAUUCCACCAGAAUAGCUAUGGUGUCUGAAGAAAUUCUUGUUCAGAAGCUCUUUUUCGAUCUUUUUCCGUUCUUGAAGAUGUCAUACAUUCUGACAAAUCAGGCUAUUGUUGAAGCCAUGGAAGGGGAGAAAAUGGUGCAUGUAAUUGAUCUCAAUGCCACAGGCCCAGCACAGUGGGUUGCCCUCUUCCGUGUUCUGAGCGCACGCCCUGAAGGCCCUCCUCAUUUGAGAAUUACUGGGGUGCAUCACCAGAAAGAGGUUCUGGAUCAGAUGGCUCAUAAACUCACUGAGGAGGCAGAAAAGUUGGAUAUCCCAUUCCAGUUCAACCCUGUUGUCAGCAAGAUAGAAAAUCUUGAUUUUGACAAACUUCGUGUGAAAACUGGGGAGGCACUGGCAAUCAGUUCCAUUCUGCAGUUACACUCCCUUUUGGCCUUGGAUGACGAUGCCUCCAGGAGAAGAUCUCCUCUUCCGGCAAACAAUUCAAACGCAAUUCAACUGCAGAAAAUCCUGCAGAUGAACCCAAACACACGCUGUGAUUUGGUUGAUAAGGACAUGGUUCACGGCUAUAGCCCAAGUCCAGAUUCAGCCUCAGCCUCAGCUUCAGCCUCAUCCUCGCCAGGAUCGUCAUCUGCAUCAAUGAAAUCCGAGAGCUUUCUGAAUGCCCUGUGGGGGUUAUCACCAAAGAUCAUGGUUGUAACGGAGCAAGACUUCAACCACAACAGUUCAAACCUGAUGGAUAGGCUGCUAGAAUCUCUAAAUUCUUAUGCUGCAUUGUUUGAUUGUUUGGAAUGCACUGUCUCCAGAGCAUCCUUGGAUAGAAUGAAGAUCGAGAAGAUGCUUCUGGGUGAGGAAAUCAAGAACAUAGUAGCUUGUGAGGGAGCUGAAAGAAGGGAAAGGCAUGAAAAGAUGGAUAAGUGGAUCCAAAGACUUGAUUUAUCUGGUUUUGCAAACGUGCCUUUAAGCUGUCAGGGUGUGACACAGGCAAUGAGGUUCUUGGAGAACUAUGGCUGUAAUGGAUAUAGAAUGAGGGAGGAAAAUGGCUCUGUAGUCAUUUACUGGCAGGAUCGAACCUUGUUUUCUGUGACAGCUUGGAGAUCAAGAAGGUAAGACAGAUUCAUGAAGAAGAAUAGUGAUGUAGUGAUGGAUGGAGUCUCUUAUAAUUUUUUUCUUUUCUUUGUUUCUAAUUGUAUGAAAGAGUUUUACCAAUAUAUGUGGUGAUUUCUACUGAUGAAGACCAAUUCAGAAGAGAGAAAUGGGAAAAUGGAAAAGUGUGAGAAAGUGAAACAAUUAUCUGUAGUUGUGUCUACCAUUCCAUUGUUUAGUGCUGUGCUCAUUUUGUUCUUCGCUAAUUCCUAUACUGUAACCUUUCUGCAUAUGUUGUGUAAGACCU